CGAGGCUGCCCUGUUCGUGUCUCAUGUUUCUGCUGUCUGCUAUGUCUAUCGUCCUUGUUUCCCUGUCUGUACAUUAUUCGGCGUUGCGUUCUCUGUUCUUCUCAAUCUCAACCUCAAUCACGCGUAACUGAGCUUCUCGUGAGACCCAUCUCAAGCGCCAUCUCAUCCUUUUGCCUCAUCCACGCGUGCUCCAUAAAGGUAUAUCAACCACCUUGUUUGCCGCCACACUGGUCCCAAGCACGCUUCGAUUUUGCGGCUGCGUAUCUGUUGCCACUACUCGUCGUGACUAGACAGGAUGUCCAUCAACCCGGAACACACCUCCCUUCCAUCCUCACCCUCUGCGUCCCAACUCGACGAAGUCAAGCAAGCGAUCAAAUCCCUCCUCCACCAACCCGACUAUGACGAUGGCUCCGCAGGUCCCGUCCUCGUCCGCCUGGCCUGGCACGCAGCGGGGACAUACUGCGCCGCGACCAACACCGGCGGGUCCAACGGCGCAGGCAUGCGUUACGAGAAGGAAGGCGGCGACCCGGCGAACGCGGGACUCCAACACGCCCGGACGUUUCUCGAGCCCAUUAAGAAAGCAUCUCCUUGGAUAACGUACUCUGAUCUAUGGACGUUAGCCGCUGUCGUCGCGGUCAGCGAGAUGGGCGGGCCCAAUAUCCCCUGGCAAGGUGGCCGGACGGAUUUCACUGACGAUUCUCGUGUGCCGCCGCGCGGACGACUGCCCGAUGGGUCAAAGGGUGCUGAUCAUUUGCGUUGGAUAUUCUACCGGAUGGGCUUUGAUGACAGGGAGAUUGUUGCGUUGAGUGGGGCGCAUAAUCUUGGACGAUGCCACAGUGACCGCUCGGGCUUCGAGGGGAAAUGGGUGAAUAACCCCACGCGGUUUUCGAAUACGUACUUCAAAUUGCUCAAGAUGCACGACUGGAAGAACAAGGUCCUCGCGAACGGGCUGGAGCAAUAUGUUUAUGUGGACGAGGAUUUGAAGGACGAGGAUCCGGAGCUGGCAGAGGAGGAGACACUGAUGAUGCUUCCUACUGACAUGGCCCUCCUUGAGGAUCCGAGCUUUCGUGUCUGGGUGGACAAGUUUGCUGAAGAUAAGGAGUUGUUCUUCCGUGAUUUUGCUGCUGUGUUUGCGAAACUGUUGGAGCUUGGGAUCCAGAGGGAUGUGGGCGGACGGGUUGUGAAUGAGGAGAAUUUGAAGGACGGCUAUAGAAGCGCGCCAAAGAAGAGUGACAGUUCUGGAAGGCCGGAAUGGGAUCAGAACGAGGAACAGGUUGGGCAUGAAGCUGGGCGUUUGAAGAAGGAGAAUGAACAGUAUAGCAAGAAGGAGAAGAGCAGGGUGGUCGUGAAAGCGAAGCUGUGACGUGCUUCGCAAUUGAAUGUCAUUAUUGUGGUGCGCUACCAACUGUGUAUACAAUAUGUGUCUUAGCGAUUCAAGACUAGAUACAGUCGUUUUCUGAAAAUCUGUUCAGUCUA